AUGGAGGUGCAUCUGUAUUACAACCACGGCGAGGAGGAGGAGAAGAAGAAGAAGACGAAGAAGAGCGGAGACGUCAGAGCGCAUCGAAAACAUCCGCCUAAACACCACGGCGGGCUUUCCACAUGUCGUCGAUUAAUCGAUGAAUUCCUCCGUACACGACCUAAGAACCAGUCGUUGACUUUGAUAUUUACCACCAGAAGCACCCGGAAGAGCAAUGAGACUUUAGCCAAGCUGCAAAAACAUCUCCGUUCUGCCUCGCGCGAUGACUUGGAUAGAAUUACCCUUAAACCGGAGCAUGUGGACCUUUGCGAUCUGCAUUCUGUCCGGGCGCUGUCACGACGACUUCUCGCAUCCCUUCCGAAACUCGAUGCUCUCGUGCUGAAUGCUGGAAUCGCUGGAUUCACGGGCUUGAAUUGGUUUCGCGCAGUUUACAUGAUACUCACUGAUCUGGUGCAUGCGGUGACAUAUCCAUCGUCCUACUGUUUGAGUAAUACGGGGACGUUGGUGAAAAAGCAGACUCAGUUAGCUGACGAGCCUCCGCUGGGCCAGCUGUUCUGUGCAAAUGUCUUUGGCCAUUACAUGCUCAGUCAUAAUCUAGUACCCCUACUCGAGAAAUCCAAUAUUCCAGGGCGGAUUAUCUGGACAUCAAGCGUGGAGGCGACCAGGGAAGUCUUCAAUGUUUCGGAUAUCCAAGCGCUCAAGACUCGUCGAGCCUACGAGUCUGUGAAAUAUCUGAUGGCUCUCCUCGCACUUACGUCGUCACUACCUAGCACCUCUCCCUGGGUCGACUCUUUCCUCUCUUCGAACAAUAACCACGUCAAUGGUCAGAAAUCCUCGCUUCAGAAUGGCAGCUCAACCUCUACUAAACCGAACAUCUACGUCUGUCACCCAGCGGUCUGCGCGACUUCCAUUGUGCCACUCGCCCUCCCACUCUACUACGCCAUGCUCUCUGUAUGCUGGGUUGCCAGGCUCCUCGGGUCCCCCUGGCAUGUUUUGUCCUCAUACCGCGGCGCCGCCGCCUCGGUCUGGCUGUGUCUCUCUCCGCAAUCGGUGAUUGACACUGCAGAAGCUGCAUAUACUGCCCUUGGCGGAGGCAAAGUAAAAUGGGGAGCAUCAUGUGAUCGAUGGGGAAGAGAGAGCGUCGUGUGCACAGAAGUAGAAGGGUGGGGGUAUGGUGGUGUCGUUGGCCCGCCGCAAUUGGACGGCGAUCGCGCGCGGAGGCGGAAAAGGGGAGCGACAGAUUUGACAGCAGAUGAGAGGGUGGAGUUUGAAGAGAUGGGCAGGAAGUGUUGGAGGGAGAUGGAGGAAUUGAGAGUCAAAUGGGAUGAGUUACUGGACAGAGCAGAAGAGAUGAGGGACAAGGCCUGA